UCCCAACAAACAUUUCCUGAAUCACAAAUGACCCAAGGAAACCAUUUAUUACUCUUUCUGUCUCGAGGCAUUCGCGCAUCCAUAGAAGUUCAAUACAAGGAAGCAUUUAAAGAAGGCUCUGACAAGUUCCCCGUGAAGCCACUCCCAAAAAACAAGAUCACUCACACCAGAGAAGGCACAAGUGUCCAUCUCAAAAAAAGCCAUUUCUUUCUUGUCUUCCUUUCCCAGCUCUGUAGUUUGCAGGACUCCUCUCGAUUCUGAUUCUCCUAAUGAACGGUCUUGAUUAACUCUGUUACAUUCUUCUCCCGCCCUCCAUCUCUCCCACAUAAUCCCCUUAUCUUGUUAGCUGCAAGUAUCAAACUUUCAAUUCUCACAUUCACUUGUAGCAAAAAACCAACAGAUGGGCUCUCUCAAAUUUGCUUCAUGUUCUCUAGUUUUGCUCAUUACAGUCACUGAGAUGUUAGUGGGAGCAGAGUCGAAGACAUUUUGGGGUGAUAUAGAGGUUUUGAAGGAGGUCAAGAACGCGGUGGACCGAAACUCAGUUAAUCCAGGUUCUUGCUUGAGUUCAUGGGACUUCACCGUUGAUCCGUGUGAUAAUUUAUUCAGUGAGAGUUUCACUUGUGGGUUCAGGUGUGACAUUGUAGUGUCCGAGUCGAGUAGAGUCACUGAGCUCAGUCUUGACCAGGCUGGUUACUCGGGUUGGCUAGCUUCCAUUUCUUGGAACCUCCCUUAUUUACAAACACUCGACCUUUCCAAUAAUUUUUUUUAUGGCCAAAUCCCCGAGUCUGUAUCCAACUUGACUCAACUGAGUCGACUUGGUUUGUCGAGAAACAUGUUCUCUGGCGAGAUACCCACCUCGAUUGGCUCAUUAAGUAGACUGGAAGAGCUAUAUCUGGACAACAACAAUCUUCAAGGCAUUAUUCCUGCAAGUUUCAAUGGUCUUGUUAGUUUAAGAAGGCUCGAAAUUCAAGCAAACAAGCUAGGUGGUGAGUUUCCCGAGUUGGGUUCUCUUAAAAAUCUCUCCUUUUUAGAUGCUAGUGACAAUGCCAUAUCAGGUAAUGUCCCAUUAACAUUACCAGCAUCUUUAGUUCAAAUCUCAAUGAGAAACAAUAGCUUACAAGGCAAAUUAGAUCCUCGAAGCUUCAAAAACUUGGCUCUUUUACAAGUACUUGAUUUGAGUCACAACAAUCUCAGCGACUCAGUCCCUCUACCUCUCUUCGCUCACCCUUCAAUUCAACAACUCACUCUCUCAUUCAAUUCUUUCACGUCCGUACAAUCCCCACCAUUCCCAUCAACCACAGUUCUCAAAAGUGAAGCAAUAGCCAUUGAUUUAAGCAAUAAUGAACUUCGAGGUUUUCUGCCUUAUUUCAUGGGUUUAAUGCCAAAGCUCUCGGCUUUAUCUCUUGAAAACAACAAAUUUUCAGGUAUGAUACCGACCCAAUUCGCAGUCAAAACAUUUUUACCCGGAUCCGGAAUGUCUCCAUUUGCCAGGCUUUUAUUAGGAGGGAAUUACUUGUAUGGACCUAUACCGGGUCCUUUAAUGGAGCUCCAACCUGGUUUUGCUGAUGUAAGGUUGAAUGAUAAUUGUCUGUACCGUUGUCCUGUUAGUUUCUUUUUUUGUCAAGGUGGUGACCAAAAAUCACAUAUGGAAUGUAAGAGCUUUAGCCCUUUUAUCCCGCGAGAAAUGUUAGGUAAUUAAUAAUUAUUAUUGAAUGUAAUUACUUUAGUUUUUGUUGUUAAUAA